AUGUCUACUCUCGAGACUAUUGCUCUUCCUCACUUGCCGCAGCACCACCUCUGCGUUGGGCUGUUCAAGGAUGUGAAGAAUGCUGCUUUCCUCCGCCAGCAACUUCUGGCUGGCAACGCCGACUUUGAAUAUGCUUUUCUUGAUGCUUCUGUUGUUAUCUCUCGUAUGCAAUUCCUCGCUGCUUCCUUCAGAGGCAUCAACGACUACGCAAGCAACCGCAUGAAGAGUCACAACGUUCAUUCUGAAAUUGUCUUUUCUUUCUCACCCAACAACAAUAUUGCUGAGUCGUUCCGCCGCUUUGGUAUCUCCGAUACAACUCAGAAUGUUCUGGCGAUCAAGGUUCUAUCUCCAGAAAUGACAGCUGAGUCUGUCAGCCAACAUCUCCUGCAGAAUAUUGAAGGCGAGCCAGUAGAUGUAUCGGAUGCCAAUUUCGCAGAAGUGGCUGAUCAAGCACGCCUCCGCAAGAUCUACAAGCUCAAUGUUCAAACCAAGAAGAACGCUGCCACUGUUUCUAAGGCAUCUGAGUUCAAGGAGCUCGAGACAUCCAUCCUCGGAGUCAUGGCUCUCAAGGGUUCAUGA